UUUCAGUAGUUGCUAAGCUGUUGCAGAAGAAAAAUAAAUUCUACGUUUUUUUUUAGGAUCUCGGUUGAGAUUUUUAUAAUUUAAUUAAGCUAAGUGAACAUCAUGUUCAAGUCGUAUGUGCUUACCUUGUCUUUGGUGCUGCUGCUGGCGCUGAUGCAGCUGAGUGGCGCACUUGAAUUUCACGAUUGCGGCUCUAAAACGGGCAAAUUUACGCAGGUGAUCAUCGAGGGCUGCGAUACCACAAAGUCCGAGUGCGUACUCAAAAGGAACACGAACGUCUCGAUAUCGAUAGACAUUGCGCUGGCUGAAGUUGCAUCGGCCGUGAAAACCGUUGUUCACGGCAAAGUUCUUGGCAUUGAAAUGCCCUUCCCCCUCUCCAAUCCAGAUGCGUGCCAAGACAGUGGCUUAAAAUGCCCAUUGGAAAAGAACGAAACGUAUCGAUACACGGCCACAUUGCCUGUGCUAAAGAGCUACCCGAAAGUGUCUGUAUUGGUCAAAUGGGAGCUACAGGAUCAGAAUAAUGUCGAUAUCGUGUGUGUCGAGAUACCCGCUAGAAUUCAAUAAUAAUAUUAAAUAAAAGAUUACUCAAAGUUUCACUGUUAAAUUUGCAUGAUGACUGUAUUCUUAUUGUAAUCUAAUAAAAAAGUAAAAAUAAAGAAAACGAAAAUUA